ACGAAAACUGUCAGAAAUUGAGCUUGCCACGUAUUCACGUCUUCGACUCUCCCGCCAACCUCGCCUUUAUUUUCUCUCUCCUCCUCCUCUUCUUCUUCUUCUUCCCCUAAAACUGGAGAAAAUUCCAAAAAAAGAACAAAAACGAUAACCGUUUUCACCUUAGAAUCUGCUCAUUCAUUUGUCGCAAAUUACUGGUUAACAAUUUCAGGUAAAUCAGAUUUUCUCUUGCUCUUACAAUUCUGCAUUGAAUUCUGAUUCUGAUUUUGUUUUUUUUUUGGGGGGGCAGAGCAAAUUCUGUUUCGGGUUUGAUUAUGGAUUCUUGGAGGUGAAAUCUUUAUCUAGGGAUUUUGAUAAAAUUUUGGGAUUGGAUUUUUAGAUAAUGGGGCCAGAUGUUGUUAGAAGUGGAAGGAGGGGAAACCCACCUGGGAUUUCCGCAAUCCGAAGAAUUAGAGGAAAAGAUUGGAAUUUUAAUACUUAUAGUUACGUAGUUUUGCUGGUUACCUUCAUUGCUUAUACGUGUUACCAUGCUUCAAGGAAGCCCAGUAGUAUAGUGAAGAGUGUUCUUGAUCCCGAACCAAAUAACAACACCAGAGUUAAUUUUGCUCCAUGGCCGAUUGGUGAUUUCUUUGUUAAGGACAAUUUGGGUGUUGUGGAAAGAGGGAAAUACAAAGGAUGGGAGCCGUUUAAUGAUGAAGAUGGGACUUUGAAAUUGGGGGUGAUUGAUGUGGCGUUUCUUGCAUGUUAUGCUUUUGCAAUGUAUUUUGCUGGACAUGUGGCUGAUUCCUGGGAUCUUAGAUUGUUUUUGUCUACUGGGAUGAUUGCUAGUGGGAUUUUUGUCGGCCUUUUUGGUGUCGGCUAUUUUUGCAACAUUCACGUGUUCUGGUUUUAUCUAAUCAUGCAAAUGUUUGCCGGGUUGUUUCAAUCCACGGGAUGGCCUUCGGUUGUCGCUGUUGUGGGAAAUUGGUUUGGGAAGAAGAGGAGAGGAUUGAUCAUGGGAGUCUGGAAUGCUCAUACCUCUGUAGGGAAUAUUUGUGGAUCUCUGCUUGCUGCUAGUGUUUUGGAUUAUGGUUGGGGUUGGUCUUUUAUUCUUCCAGGUGGUUUUAUAUUUCUUGGUGGGAUAAUGGUGUAUUUGUUCUUGCCCGCUUAUCCUGAAGAUGUUGGAUUUUCCAGUCCGAAUGACAUUUCUACUGGAGGUCAUCAAGUUGGUCCCACUAGGCCUAAUGAUGUGGAAGCACAAACAGCAGAUGAGAUAAUGGCAUUGGAUGAACAAAAGAAUGCAGAUGAGAUUAUGGCAUUGAAGGAACAAAAGAAUGCAGACAAGGUUAUGGCAUUGGAUGAACAAAAGAAUGUCGAGACUCCGAUUAUUGCCUCCAGUAGGAGAAGUAUUGGGUUUGUUGGUGCUUGGAGAAUACCUGGAGUUCGUCAAUUCGCUUUUUGCCUCCUAUUCGCAAAAUUAGUUGCAUACACAUUUUUGUACUGGUUGCCAUUUUAUCUCAGCCAGACAGCCAUUGGAGGAGAAUACAUCUCAGUGAAAUCUGCGGGGAACCUUUCCACCCUCUUUGAUGUGGGAGGUAUUGUUGGUGGAAUUCUGGCUGGUUAUAUAUCUGACAAGCUUAAGGCUCGAGCAAUUACAGCUGCUGCCUUCAUGUAUGCGUCGAUUCCUGCUAUGAUCUUAUACCGGAAGUAUGGGAGCAUAUCCAAUACCAUAAAUAUUUCACUUAUGGUUAUUGCUGGCCUAUGUGUGAAUGGGCCUUAUGCACUGAUAACGACUGCAGUUUCGGCAGAUCUUGGUACUCACAAAUCUUUAAAAGGAGAUUCUCGAGCGCUAGCUACAGUCACUGCUAUUAUUGAUGGAACUGGGUCUAUAGGUGCUGCAGCAGGCCCACUUUUAACUGGAUUUUUCUCUAGAUAUGGGUGGAAUUCUGUUUUUGGGAUGCUGGUUGUCUGUGCAGCUGGUGCUGGUCUUUGUUUAUCUCAUUUGGUGGGAAAUGAGCUCCGUGAGAAGUUCUCUCGUCAGUCGUCUCCAGGACAAGAUGGUGUUGGAGGUUCAACAUCUCAACCUCUUUUGAGUGGCCGACAGUGAUCAAUAGUCUGUUUAUAAAAGUUCAAAAGGACAUUUCGCGGAUGAAUGUGGAUGCUGGUCAAAUGCGGGCAAGAUGUUUGUUCGGAAAAUUAUGUUGUCUAUAGGCAACACAGUAAACUAAUGUCAUGUUGAACCCGUUGAGGAUGCUAACACCAUGUAGAUAUAGAAGAGCUGGUUUUGUGCUUUUUUUUUUAAAUUUUUUUUUAUAAUAUAAUUGGGGUGAGCCAGCAGCUGAGAUACAAAAACAUCCCCUUAAGCUAGAGGUAUGGCUAAUCUAUCAGAGUCUAGAAUACUUAUGAACUUGGAUGGAGGAGAUGGCAAGAUUUGGCGUCCAUAUGGACAAGAGAAGCCAAACUUUGCCAAAGGUUUUGUGCAUUUUUAAAUGUGCAUCAUGUAGAGCUGUUGUGGAUAUGUUUUAGUAGUUUCCACCCUGCAGACGCUGAGAAUGGACAUCUGAGGUCUAGUUUCUGAUCUCAAUACAUUCUUCAAUUUUUGUUUGAUUUACUUUAGGCAUACAUGUGAC